CUGAUUCUAAUGAUUUGGUACCGUUUGACAAUAGGCCAUUUAGAUACGAAGAAUUUACAAGCAUGCCUUCAAACACUUUUGAAAUUGACAUCGCCAAAUUCGCCGUUAAUACGUUAAACGAGAAAGGAUUCUGUGUAAUAGAUGGUUUGUUUACAAAAAGUCAGAUCAGAAAUGCUUUAAAAGAUAUAAAAAUUUGCGCAGACGAUGAGAAAUUUAGCAGCGGAAAAGUGGGUGGUGGCAGGACAAGUAGAGAGCAAGAAAAACAAGAAGUGAUAGCCGAUAUUAGAAGUGAUAAAAUUAUGUGGCUGGAGGGAACAGAAACAGAUCUACAAGGCAUAACAUCAAUCGUAUCAAAGAUGGAUUCCAUCUUAUGGGAAUUUAAUAAGUUUUUAAACCAAACAUAUUUUAUAAAUGGACGCUCUAAAGCCAUGGUCGCCUGUUACCCAGGUAACGGAUCUUAUUACAGGCGUCAUGUGGACAACCCACAUGGGGAUGGUAGAGUUGUCACGUGUAUUUUAUAUUUGAACGAAGGUUGGAACAUCCAGGAGGAUGGUGGAUUACUUCGGAUACUUCCGGCAGAUUCCGACAACUACAUCGAUAUUGCUCCAUUAGCAAAUCGCUUACUUUUCUUCUGGUGUGAUCGGAGGAAUCCCCAUGAAGUUCAUCCUGCAUACAAAACAAGGUAUGCGAUAACGGUGUGGUACAUGGACGAAGAGGAAAGAAAAAGGGCAAAACAGGAAUGCUUAGAUGGAGUUGCCACAGUUACAGGCGAGUCGGUACUGAAAGAAUGCCAACAGAAACAAAAAGAAAGGGAUGAAGUUAAUCAAAAGAUGAAUGAUGUUGCUACAGACGCUAUUGCCUCGCUUUCGUUAGACGAACUCCAGGCUAUAUCGUCUUUAAUUUCCGGUCAGUCAAAUGCUGAUGACAUUCUAGCUGGGAUGGGCAUAUCUCCAGAAAUAAGGACAAAGUUACUGAAGAAACUACAUAACCUGGGAGCAGAAUCUUAGCGUUUACCAGCAUUUAGAUAUGUGAAUGUGAAACUGUUAUACUGAUGACUUACAUGCCUGCAGAAUACAAGUUAUAACUACAUAUAAACUAAAGGUUCUGUUAAAAAUAUCCCUUUAUAUGUAUGUUAUGUAAAACUGUUUUACUUGUUUUAUGUGUAUUUAUAUUUUGUUGAUUUCUGAUACAUUCAUGCCUUUAGGUCAAAUAAAACUCUAAUGUUUUAAAAUGACACAGGUGAUCUUUCAAAAAUUAAUGAGCCAUGUCAUGACAAAACCAACAUAAUGCGUUUGCGACCAGCAUGGAUCCAGACCAGCCUGCGCAUCCGCGCAGUCUGAUCAGGAUCCAUGCUGUUCACUUACAAACCGUAUAACAAGUGGAGGAACUGAUAGGGAACAGCAUGGAUCCUGAUCAGACUGUGCGGAGGAGCAGGCUGGUCUGGAUGCGUGUUGGUCGCAAAGGCAUUAUGUUGGUUUUGUCAUGACGCGGCUCAAUUAUUCAUUUGUCAUUACAGGGUCAUUACUCUCAAACCUACACUACACAGCAUUAUAUAUUAUUAUAUAGGUUAAUCGGAACUAGCAACAAUUAACGAACGGUAUAUAUAUAUAAUUAUAGAUUUGUAAAAUAGAACAGCUUCUUUUAGUUUAUUCAAUUACUGGUAUUUAAGUAAAUCCAUAUAUAAAGUUAAACAGAUUUUUAAAGGUUUAUGUGUAUUUGAAUAAAAAUAAAUAGAGGAUAUUUGUUGGUUUUGCAUGUAAGAUUGAAAUAUAAUUUCACUGAGUGAACACCAGAUGCAAUAUUUUCACGAGUGGCGUAGCCACGAGUGAAAAUAUAAUAGCUGAUGUUCACGAAUGAAAUCUAUAUAAAUCUUAUAUGUAAAACAAAUAAAUUUUCUUUUUAUUUCAUGCGUUUUAAGUAAUUUAAGUAAUUUUUAUUGAUUUUGCCGCGUAACGUCGCGCAUUCUCCUUUGUGACGUCAUUACAUUUUGACGUCACAUCAACAAGUUUGAAAUAUAGUUCUGUUAAAUUUCUCUAAUGUUGUUACAUUUUUAACAUAAUGUAUGGUGACAUCGACCUUCUUUUCCGAAAGAAGUAAAAUUUACGCAUGACGGCAUUGAUUUUUGCCUGUUAUUCCAUUCAGUUUUGAUUUUCUUUUCAUCCGCAUUCAGAUAUAGUCCGGCUACAGUGAAAAUUAUAUUUUAUAAAUUUCACUAGUGGUUUAUCAGAAUAUAAUCAUCUGAUAUAUUACAAUAAAACACUGGAAAGCAUGAAAUAAAAGAAAAUUGUUUUUACAUCGACCAUAUUUAAUUGUUAUAACUUUUAGUGAGAACUGAAAUAUACUUGUAUUUCAUUAUAAAAAGGCUUCCAUGUGAUAUUUAAAGUACAUUUCAGCUCCAGGAACAAUUAUUAAUGAGAAGAUUGACAACAAGUGUUACAUUACAUCGGACUUAUUUGGUUUUUGUUUGAUUAAAAUAUUAUACAUGGA